UUAUUUGUUUUUUACGGAGUUACUGGUAGCUGUUCACAGCUUCUAAGUAGGUGCUAAGUGAUCACGACAUGAGAUCAUUGCCGUCGAUACAAUAUCAACAACAGGGAUUACGGAAGACUAAACAAUGAUUYUUGAACGAAAAKYUUUAUUGUUAUUUGUGCUUUCAUUCGUUUUUAUCUCACUCACCGACGGGCGAAAGCGUUCGAUUGAGUUUCGCGGDGAUAAGGAUGUCAAAACAAACAGGCCGAUCAUUGGUAUACUCGCUCAGGACGAUUCCAGCUUUAAAAAGUUAAUUCCAGAUGGYGAUAGUUAUAUUGCAACGUCGUAUAUUAAAUACGUUGAAGCAGCCGGUGGAAGAGUUGUCCCUAUAAGAAACAAUUUAACAGAACCAGAAUUGAGAAAGCUCUUUUAUUCCAUUAAUGGGAUUUUGUUACCUGGAGGAGGAGUAGAUGUAUACAAUUCUAAAUAUGCAAAAACAGCAAAAGUUCUCUUCAAGUUGGCUAUAGAGGCAAACGAUAAAGGUUCAGUGUUUCCAAUAUGGGCAACCUGUCUAGGAUUUGAGAUGCUUCACAUCAUGGUGGCAAAGGAAAAGAAAAUUAGAGACUCAUGUGAUGCUGAAAAUUUACCAUUGUCUGUGAAAUUUGAAAAAGAUUUCAAACAAAGCAGACUGUUCAGAARUGCACCAAAAAAGGUCAUCAAAUAUCUUCGUACUUUAGACAUYGCAAUCCAUAUGCACAAAGCUUGCAUUAGUGUUGAGACGUUCAAGAAGGAAAAGGCACUACAAGACUUUUUCAGAAUAAUAGCRACAAACAAGGGCAGAAAACAUCUUAAUUUUAUUUCCAUGGUUGAAGCCAUCAAUUACCCAUUCUAUGGAAGUCAAUUCCACCCAGAAAAGAAUCAGUUUGAAUGGACACUUGCAGAAGAUAUCGACCAUUCAUAUAAAGCCAUAGAGGCAAUGCAGUAUUUGGCAAACUUCUUUAUCAAUCAAGCAAGAAUGAGUGACCACAAAUUCAAGAGCCACAAAGAAGAGAGAAAACAUUUGAUAUUUAACUAUAGUCCACAGAACUGUUUUGAGACUAAAACCCACUUUGAUGAAUGUUACUUCUUUUAGAGAAAAAUAAUAAUUAAUAAUAAUAGUUUGAUAAUAUUCAGGUUGUAAGUAAAAAAAAUAUAGAAAUUUGUGAGAAAUACAGUUGACUCAAUCAUCUCCAGUUAUUUUGAAAUCCCUCUGGUAGUUUGAAAUCCCUCUGGUAGUUUGAAAUCCCUCUGGUAGUUUGAAAUCCCUCCCUCAGUUAAGAAAGGAAUAAUAGAGCAUGGAUAGGAAGGCAGAAAGAGUACAUGAACCAUACAAAAACUAUAUAUAAAGACCUCUGAAAUGAUGGUAAAUUUAAUUUAUUCCAAAGAUAUUACAAUCAACAUCAAUUUGUCACUUAUAUUAUCUUAUAAACUUUUAUUUUAAUUAAUUAAUUAAUUCAAAUAAUGAUGCAAAUAUUUAAUAAUUUUCUGGAAUUUCUUAUUUUCCUACAAGUCCUUGGUGUGACACUUUGUGCCAUUAACAAAUAGACCUUCUUGGUUUGGUGAUAAUUAGUAAAUAAAAUUUAGCUUCCUUGUCUUUGAUUUUUU